AUGGCGAUGCAGCGCCCCGUGACGCCCUCGGCCGCCUACCACUCGGUGCCCCAGGUCGACGACCCAGCCCACCUCAGUCGAGGCUACGGCAGCGCCCCCCACAGCCACGCCGCCAUCAACGACUUCAGCCCCUCGUCGCCAGCCGCCCACCAUGAUCGCGAGCGCAGAGGCCGCUUCGACGAGGACUUUGACGCCCCCACGCGCGGCUCGUCGGUUGUCGAUGGCGACAUGCGCCCCCGCUCCGAGUCGCGCUCGUCGACGCUCAACCAGGGCCCCGCGCCCUCACGCAGCGGCACCCUCAAGAAAAAAGGCUCCAUCAAGCGGAGUGCCAGCAUGAAGCGCUCCGCCAGCCGAAAGUCGCUUCAUGCUGGCAGCAUUCGCGGCGUGCCCGUCGACGACCAAGACGGCGGCUACGACCGCGAGGACAGCGUCUUCUACACGCCUGUGCCCACAAAGGGCUCCCCUACAGACAUCCUAGCCGAACGCUUCCAGGGUACAUGGAUGCAAGUGAAUGAAUGA